GCCCCCCCUCAAAGUUUGCACCCUACUCGCCAACUCUUUACGCCCUGAGCGAUUUGAUUGGCUCAUGGCUUUCUCCCCCGAUGGUGAAACCCUGACCCUGCCCCCGCCCUUGGAAGUUAGAAAAUCCAAUGAGGAAACCCUGAAGAAAUCUACUUCCGGGUCAACGUCGUCAUCUGGGUCAACGUCAGGGUCGGGUUCAAAAGUGAUGACCUUCAAAGAACUGCGUAACCGUAGCAAACACAGCUCCCCGGCCUACCAACUAAUAACUGAACCGGAUCCUGAUCCCACAGUCAUAACCCCUGACCCUGACUUCCUCUACAACCUCAAGUGGAGGAGGGAAAAGACGGACAGCGACGGAAUCCAAUGGGAGUACACCUCCCAGGCCCAGGCCACCUUCCUGCAACCACCUCCCCUCACCUCAUUGGCUGCUUUUAGGGAAAUGUUCCAGAAAGCAGAGGAUGCGAUUGGACAACCCGAGUUAUGUCCCUCGCAGCGGAUUGGGUGCUCAGCCAGUGAAGGGAACCUGUGGAGGAUGGAUGGACAGAGAAAAGAGGAGGGAGAAAAGAGGAAAGAAGAGGUGGAGGUGAGAGGAACAGCUGAUGGAGGAAGAACCUGGGAGUCAAGAACGACAGUGUCCUCACCCCCUCUCUCCCUGGCCCACUCCCAGCCCUCCUCCUAUUUCCUCCACCCUUACCGCCCAGGAUACUGUGGUGCUCAUACGAGACCAGUCCCCAGGACCCAACCUCACAGCCACACUGAAAUCCAGUCCACGGCCACGGCCCCUAACCCCUACACUACCCAGUCCACAGCCAUAGGCCCUAACUCCUACACUACCCAGUCCACGGCCCCUAACCCCUACACUACCCAGUCCACGGCCCCUAACCCCUACACUACCCAGUCCACGACCCCUAACCCCUACACUACUCAGUCCACGGCCCCUAACCCCUACCCUACCCAGUCCACGACCCCUAACCCCUACACUACCCAGUCCACGACCCCUAACCCCUACACUACCCAGUCCACGACCCCUAACCCCCACACUACCCAGUUAUCUAACCCCUUUGCUACACCAUACACUCACACAGAUUUAAAUGAAGACAGCCAUGGAACUUAUUCUGAGAAUGAUAUUGAUUCUGGAUAUAGUAACUAUUUUAAGAAGGAUGGAGGCCUAGACUCUGCACAUCGUUUUGGAAAGGACUUCAAGAGCAACAUUGAUAGUUUGUAUCGUUAUGUGAAUGAGUCCAAGACUAAAGAGAAGCUGGAGUAUGGCUUUGUCUCUGAAUCCAUCACUGACUUUGACUCCCUCUACUGCACCGCUAACGUCACUGAUAAACAGCCUCACACCGGCUCACACACACUCGUCAGCAAUGACACACACACUCAAGGCUGCACCACCCCAUAUAAAAACGUUGACGCGAUGAUGAUGGCAUAUGCCAAAACACACACUGUCAGUUCCCUUGGUCGCACUGACACACACACACACACCUCUCACUCUGGCCAGAGCAGAACCUCUAAAGAUCUCCCUCCCCUCCCUACCUGGUACCUCUACCACCCCAAAAACUGUCCCAUCCACAGGGGUGCCCCUCCCCGCCUCUCCCCCAUCGGGGCUCUCGACCCCCCCUAUCGCUCUGGAGCCCCCCCUCCGGGCCUGGACGCAUCCUGCCUCAGCUCACCCCUGUUCCCCCGCUCUCACACCCUCCCUGCCCUGGCCGCCCCCCUCUACUACCCCUUCCUCUACCCCCCUAUCCCCCCCAGGAAAACCUCCGACCCCCCAAAACUCAUCCAGGCUCCGCCGCUGCCGCCCACACUGACGGUUCGUAGCGUCUCAUUUGCCAGCUCUGUACAGAGAGGUGGGACUUCCUGGAUGGGCGAUGACGUGAAGGCCCCUCUGAGAGGCCUAGGACUGUCCUCUCUGUGCCUGCUGGAAAAAAAAGCUCUGGUCAGUGCAGUCAGUGUGGCAGUGGAGGCCAUUUUGGCUCAGUUCAGCUCCUCACGGACCCUGGUGCAGAAGGCUCUAUCAGGAGACAGCAGUGUGAAUCCGUCUCUGGGCCGGCUGGUGCUGCAGUGUUUGUGCCCCGCCCUGCGGAGCCUGCUCUCCGAUGGCCUCAAGCCCCACCAGAGUGAUUUGAUCUUGGGCAGGAGGCCAAACUCAGCCUGGGGACUGGUCCAGGCCUCCACCAGGCCAGGGCCCAGCACUCAGUCCCCUGUACAGCCUCCAGGCUAGAAUAGGAGAGCUGCCCCAGCUCCGGCAGAACAAACACAGGUUCAACGCCUUCCUCCUCGCCUCCUCAACAUCAAGCUUAUGGGUUUCUGGCUGUCCCAUCUCCAGUCAUGUAGUGAUGUGUUGGUGACGUUCUACCGGCCCUCCUCCUUCAUGCGUUUGUCAUUGACUUCCUGCCAGCCUCUGUUUGAGGAGCUCCUCCUCCUGCUGCAGCCCCUCAGUCUCCUGACCCUUAACCUCGACCUGCUCUUCCAGCACCACCACCUGGAUCCAGCCAAUCACAGCCCAGAGAUCCCCAGCCCACCCAAUCAGGACCUGGGAUUCAGGCUCUCGCCCCGGGGGUCCGUUUCCCAAAGCAGGGGCAGCAGCUAUCUCGGGAGCCUAUCAGAGCUGGACUUUGGGAGAGCAGAACCCGAGGCGAUCAAUCAUAAUGUGAGCUCGUCAUCCCUGGCCAACUCAGGGGUGGGAGGGUUGUUGGAGUCACUGAAGCCAGCGAGUCUCAGUGUGGGGCCUGCAAAGGUCUUUGGGGGUCUUGCGGAGACAAGUCCUCAGCUGAUGUGGGUUCAGGAGAAAGAAAUUAGGGAGCUAGCACCUCCUAAUGUUGAGGAGGCCAGUCUCUCACAACAGGCAGGACAGGUGAUCCAGCAGGGAUGGGGGGCUGUGGUACGCUGGGGGGGCAAGCUGGGCCAGAACCUGGCUGAACUCAGCCUGUCUGCAGUACAAAACCAGGAGGGGACAUCCAGAGACCCCCCAGAGCCCCAGACCAGUACCCAGGCCAGGAGUGACCCUCCUCAGGUCGAUGGAGCAUUGGCAGUCCCCUGGGGUUUGGGACGGCUGUUUGGAGCCUCCAAUAACCCCACGAUACCCACACUUCCAACCAGACGUCCGUCUCAGUGGUUGUCUCCAGGGGUGUCUGUUCUGACCCGGAUGGUGAGCAGCAGUUCCAGCGCUAACCAGAGGAGGGCGCUGGAGCCCCAGCAGGUAGAAGAGGUGUUAGAGAGAGAGAUGGAGGAGACAUGGGACAACCCAAGACCCCUCAGGUCAGUCAGAACACUAUGCGACCACUCUGGCACAGGGGCGGAGCUAAGCUUCCAGAAAGGGGAGGAGUUAGUGGUUUUAGGGGGUGUCGAUCACGACUGGAUUCGCUGUCGUCAGGGAGACCGAGAGGGGCUCGUACCCAUUGGCUACGCCUCACUUAUCCUGUGAUUUCAGACACCUGAUCAGAGUUUUGAUUGUUUGAAUAUAUCUGGGGGAGGGAAAAUGAAGUCAUAAAGCUAUAAUGUAUUUAGGCAACCAUAGAGAGGCUGUGGUGAAGUCCCAAUGCUCUCAGAGAAAUAGUUCACCCUCGAAUCUAAGUUCAAAUCACAUGUUUAUAUCUCUAAAGUGGUCCAAAGUCGUAUGUCAGGGUUCCCCAACUGGCUGCCCAUGAUUUUAUAAGGGUUUGGGUUACUUGUUGGACAUAAAAUACUAACAUCAGUAAAUGUUGGAAAUCUGUUCCAAGGUAUUCCCACACAGAGAGAGAGAUGUGAUUGUUCACAAAUCUAAGCAAGGUUUGAAAUGAUUAUAUUUUAGCCAAAUAUUAUAUCUGUUUGGGCUUCUUGCGGUCAAUUUGCAUCUACAAAUGAUUUGUGAUUAUGUUCCAGCCCCCUGACCAUCCAUGGCUGAAUCUAGUUGAUGAUCUCUGGUCUAAGUGAUUUAGUUCAGUCCUUCCUCCGCACCAUCUGUUGUGUAGAUCCCACUAUAUGCACUGGUAGAAAUCUGCAAAACUCAAUCCCUAAAGAACUGUACCAUCUAAUGCCAUCUAAUUAGGGGGAUUUAAGGAAGAUUUAAUUUAGCUUACCAGAUGGUGUGGAAUAUGGACCCAGCACGACUUCAGACCACUUUUGAAGUGUGAAAACUUCAGACAAACACUUAUCUUGGUGUGGACUAUCCCUUUAAAUGUCCUCCAUUCAUCAUCUCUCUUUGGUGACCACUGAUCUGAGAAGGACUGGAUAAAGCUUUGUAGAAUUCCAUUCAUAGGUUGCACCUCCGUCACGCCAUCGGCGGUGCCCUAAAGUGGUGAUAAGCCCCGUCGUUCUGAGUCUAACUACUGUUUAGUAUAAAUUAAUUGCAAAAUUCUGCAAAAAUAGCUAGCAAAGCAAACGUAAGCUAGUUACAAUCAGGUGGCCUCCCCUCAAUUUAAGCUAGUUAGCUAAUGUUGUACUGCAUCUAAAGUCUAUCUGGUGACAUCAAAAUGAUGACGAAAGAUUUUCCUAAUAAUUAUUUGCCUGUUUUUGAAUGUCAUUGUAUUUCCAGGCCACUGUAAUGCACUUUCGAUGAAAUCUUCAUCAGCGCUUAAUGAUGAUGAUGCAUUGAGUAGAAUGCUCAGUCGGGCAUCAGUCCAAACGAACGUUAAAAACAAUAUUGUGACGAAACAUGCAACCAAUGCAUUCAGCUUAUCCAAACACUUUCAGAUCAGCAGUCACUAUGGGAAGAUUUAAAGCCUGGUAGCCAGGUCGGUUUCUGCUCUAGACCCAGACCUUGCCGCCAGGCUAACCGGUGAAGGGAGCCAUGGUAGAGUAUUGGAGCGUAGCCCCUGUUACGUAACGUAGUACCAUAGUGAAAUGUAGCUGUUUUCUGUGUUCUAUUUGACCUUUCACCCCUAUUGAUCUCUCACCUCUUUCGCUUGUUCUCUGUGUGUUUGACAUGUUCCCACUACAAUUAAUAGUCAGUUUAAAAAGGAUAACUAUUUGACUGUAUAAAUAUACAUACAUAAUAUAUAGGUAUAUGAAUAUAGAUGAAUUUAACCGAGAUAGAUAGAUGGAUAGAUAACCAAGAGAUAACAGAUAGUCAAACGUUACUAUAGAUAAGGUUGAUCAUGAAUCAAAUUGAUAAGUGAUCUGGCCUUUUAUCCCCAACUCACCAGUCACUCCUCUAUAGUCAUGAUACACACGGACAGCUCCAAUGUUUUUGUCAAUUAUUGGAAUCCAGUGGCUUCAUCUUAGUGUGUGUUGUAUGCAUUGUCUUGACAUCAUAUCCUUCAUAUCUUCAUCAUAACCUGAUAGAUUUAGUCUCAUACCUUUAGACUGCAUUUAUUGUAUAAUGAAUGCUUUGAGUGAAUGCAGUGGGGUUGGGCUCAAUAUGGCACCAAUACAGGAAGUAAACUGAAAUUCCAAUUCGAUGAUUGAAAUAGGGGCCUGUAUUUUUAAUGACUCCUUAAUGAAUUGAAAAGGAGAAGCUAUUUAUGUUUUUUAAGUAGCUGAUUUUAAAUUCAAAUCACUUCCUGAAUCGGCAGCCUUCAAUUCGAAUUGAGCCCAACCCUUGAAUGCAGAAGAAUAUCUAUCUAUAUGACACAUAUCUAUCUAAAGGACAUUCUAGUAUCCAACAGUAUAUAAGUAUAACUGGCAUAGCAAUGCUGUAACUUCAAUCAGUCCACACCUCUUAAACCUCACUAACACAUACUACUCAGUGCUUAUGGAAAUAUCAAUGCUUUGAGACGGACAGAUAGACAGACAGAUAAACACAGACAGGUAGACAGACAGAUAAACAGACAGGUAGACAGAUAAACAGACAGAUAGAUAAACAGACAGACAGAUAAACAGACAGACAGAUAAACAGAUAAACAGACAGAUAGACAGAUGAACAGUUAAACAGACAGAUAGACAGACAGACAGACAGACAGACAGACAGACAGACAGACAGACAGACAGACAGACAGACAGACAGACAGACAGACAGACAGACAGACAGACAGACAGAUAAACAGACAGAUAAACAGACAGAUAAACAGACAGAUAAACAGACAGACAGAUAGACAGACAGAUAGACAGACACAAACAGACAGACAGACAGACAGACAGACAGACAGACAGACAGAUAGAGAGAUAAACAGACAGAUAGACAGACACAAACAGACAGACAGACAGAUAGACAGAUAAACAGACAGAUAGACAGACACAAACAGACAGAUAGACAAAUAGACAGAUAAACAGACAGACAGAUAAACAGACAGACAGAUAAACAGUCUGAGGGACUUGAGACCUGUGUCUUUCUACUCAGCCCAGGGAUGAUCAACUCUAGUCUGGUUACUUUUCCUUUACCUCAUAGAUCAAUUGGCAUCUUUGAUUCCCCAGAUAUUUAACUUGACUGGUUACCUGGGCGUUACUAAGUCUGACUACAAGACAAUACAAAAGGCUACUGAGACCAGUAGACAAUGUGGGUUUCCAGGGCCAUAGCUGUAUGUUCCUGACUGAGACUAUCCAAGCUUUCAGAUGAAGCAGUAAGCUACUCCCUGAUGUACUGUAUGUGUAGGAAGACACCACGACUGUCAAGCCUAUGUGUUUGAGGGAGAGGCUGCCCUUCCCCAACUGUACCUCAGCUCUCAUAUGUACCUUCCUUCUUUCCCUACCUGUCAUGCUAACCCGUGUAAGGUCAUCAUUUUUAAUACCGUAGUAACGAUAGUGGUAGUAGAAUAACGUUAAAGUAAUAAUGUUUAUUACUAUGUUUAUCUUCUGAUUUGGUUGGUAGUUAUUCUGUAGGCUUGGUAAUGAUAUAUGAUGUACUUCUCAAAGGCUUCUGGUUUAAAGGAACUGUUUGUUUGCUGUUUUUGUUGUUUUGUUUUGUCACUUGCGGGUGACAUGGCACUUCUUGAAGAGUUCAGGUUACUUGAGGAAUGAAGAAUAAAACAUAUUACCCAUAAAUU